AUGGACCCUUUAACGGAUGAAGAGGAGGCACCUGGGGACUGUGAGGACGGACAUUGUCCACUAAGAGAAGCUGAAGAUGAGGAAGCACCUCCUUUGCUCCCACCGAGGGCGCACGGACAGCUCAGUCAAGAUGAAAAGAGGUUCUUGUUGUCCGUCGAGAGAGGUGAUGUGGCCACCGUCAGGAGGCAACUACAACGGCGGCAUGAGACAGGCCUCAAUAUUAAUUGUGUGGACCCUUUGGGUCGGUCGGCUUUGCUAAUGGCCAUCGACAAUGAGAAUUUGGAGAUGGUGGAGCUGCUCAUCGAGCAUAGAGUGGACACGAAAGAUGCCCUACUGCAUGCGAUAAGUGAGGAAUACGUCGAAGCGGUAGAAGUUUUGCUAGAGCACGAAGAAGCCAAUCACACUCCUGGAGAGUUGCACAGUUGGGAAGCGGUGGACCGUGACGCAUCAACCUUCACCCCCGAUGUCACCCCUCUGAUCCUGGCCGCCCACCGCGACAACUAUGAGAUCAUCAAGAUCCUCCUGGACCGGGGCGCCCGCAUGCCUGCGCCCCACGACAUCCGGUGUGCUUGCAGCGACUGCGUCCGCUCGUGUCGCGAGGACUCCCUCAAUCACUCCCGAUCCCGCAUCAAUGCGUACCGCGCCCUCGCCUCCCCCAGCCUCAUCGCGCUCAGCUCCAAGGACCCCAUCCUGACAGCCUUUGAGUUGAGCUUUGAAUUGAGGAGGCUCAGCUUCUUGGAGCACGAGUACAAGUGUGAGUACAUGGUAAGGAGUUGUUUGGAUCAUAUGACAUUGUUAAGGCGAUGGCGUUGA